CAGGUGUCCUGAUGUCGACAUCAUCAGCGCAAGAUCCCUGCAACGUGCCAUGUAACGAAACCAUUUACCUGGGCGGUGGGCAGGUGUCCCGCUCCGUCACUUUCUGCCCGGGGCGAGUGCAGUGUAACUGGAUGUUUUUCACUGGUUCUGACGACCAGGCUGUCCGCUUGACCAACAUGACGUUUGACUUCAUGGCCAAAUACCGAUGCAUUGCACAUUUAGACGACUCAGUUAGCUUCUCUCCAGUGCUGGCCAAUGGACAUGUCCUCACCGCCUGCAACAUGACGUCAGACCAAGUGGUCGUGAGCAGACAAAACCAGAUGCUUCUGUCCGUCAACAUAGGGGAGUUCAAAGCGCGCAACGAGACAUUAAACUUGACAUUCACCGCUGAGACCACGCUCAUUACAGGCUGCGGGGGCACCCUGCUGAACAUCACCGUCCCGAGCAGCGGCGAAUUCCAGAACCUGACGUCACCAAACUACCCGAACCCAUACCCACCCGACUCGAAAUGCGGGUACAUUCUGAUUUCUGAAGACGCCUCUAAAAUCAUCGAGAUAAAUAUCCUCGAUUUGGACAUUCCACGACUCGACCCAAGUCUGACGUGUAACAAGUUCGGUGUCUAUGACGAUCGGUUGUUUCUGCAGUACCCGUCCAUUUAUGGAUCCAAAAGUUUUUCCUUGUGUAACAACAGCAAGGAACACAAAGCUAAUUAUCCCACUACGGCUAAGGAAGCCACGAUUGAGUUCUACUCAGGAUCAGAGCUUCAGGGCAAAGGUUUUAUGCUCCAGUACCGCGCAGUAGACUGGCCAAAAAGAAAUUCCGGAAAUGACUCGAGCUUCUUUGACCGCAACAAGAUUGCCAUUUUGUUGGGGCUUAUGGGUGGUUUAGCCUUGUUAGUUGUGCUUAUUGUGGCUGUAAAGUGUAUGCUACGCAAAAGAACACCAAGCCCGGUGUAGCGUACAGCCCAAAAACCAACCAGUAUCAAGGGAUUGUGACUCUUGAUAUCUGGUGGACCUACCAAA